UUAUAACAGAGGUUAUGUCUGAACGCUCAAAAUCAGUGUGCCCAUGACAUUAAUUGUGUUUGCAGGUCACAGUGCGAAGUAUGGCAGCUACUCGCUGAUGAACCUGGAGAACAACAACAUUAUUGAUGUGCAGCUUGUUCAGAGCAAUGAGGUUGGAGGUAGCUGCAAUAUGGAGAAGGAGGGUCUGAGAAGAAGCCUGGAGUUGCUUGACUCAAAGGGUGUGGCAGUGGACUACAUUGUAACUGACCGGCACCCUCAAAUACAGAAAUACCUGCGUGAUCGUGAUGUCCAGCAUUUCUAUGACGUCUGGCACUUUGAAAAAGGUCUAUCUAAGAAACUUGACAAGCUGUCCAAAGACAAAGAAUGCGAACUUCUAAAAAAGUGGCGGCGGAGCAUCGGGAACCAUGCUUACUGGGCAGCAACAUCCUCUUCCACAGGCCCUGAAAAACUGGCCAAAUGGACCUCCAUUUUAAACCACAUACAAAAUAGGCACACCCAUGAUGACCCCACCUUUCCCAAAUGUCUGCACCCUGCGCUGCCUCAAAAAAGAUCAAAAAAAUGGUUUAAGCCAGGCUCCAAAGCUCUCUGCAAGGUGGAGAAGCUACUUCUUAGCAAAAGGGUCCUGACAGAUGUGCAGAAGCUCAGCUCCGACUACCAAACGUCUACAUUGGAGGCAUUCCAUAGUGUGCUAUUAAGAUUCACACCGAAGAAUGUGGUCUUCCCAUUUAUUGGGAUGUUGUGCAGACUGUACCUGGCAGCACUGCACUUUAAUGAGAAUGCUCGUCGCUGCCAAGCUAAAACAUCAUCUGGCCGCCUGAAAUUUAAAAUGAGUUUCCCCAAGGCAAAAAAAGGAGCAGCAUCUGUGAAGCCAGUAAAAACGGCACCUACAUACAAUUACAUCUUCGAAUUGAUGGAGUUGCUUUUCAAGGAGGUCGUCCUCAACCCCCAGCCAUUCCAAGAUGAAGUGCGAGCAAUCAAUGUCCCCAGCUUCCUCUCAGCGCAGUAUGAACACCCCACCAUGGACGACGCUGUGGCAGCAUACAAGUCGCGUUUCAGAGUGGAGGCCUGAAC